GGAGGUCUUGCAGGCUCCAGUUGAGUAUAAAACAGAUGCAAAUCCCGCAAGAAGCCACCGCACUUGUCAGCGGAUCUGGUGAUUGAUAAAGUCCCUGGGGCUCUGCACCGGUCACCUCCCUCAAGCUCCACAACUGGACGUCGGAGCCAACCCUCGGCCCCUUGCAGUCGGAACUUUACAGCCGCGGGAGAACUGAAGGCGGUGGCAGCGGCCCAGGAAGGAGCAGCAGCGCCGGGGAGGAAAAUUCUUCCAAAGAUGGUCUCCCAUUCAGAGCUGAGGAAUCUUUUCUGUUCAGCUGAUGCAGUGUGCUUUGAUGUUGAUAGCACCGUCAUCCAAGAAGAAGGAAUUGAUGAGCUGGCCAAAUUCUGUGGAGUUGAGGAUGCCGUGUCAGAAAUGACACGGCAAGCCAUGGGCGGGGCAGUGCCUUUCAAGGCUGCCCUCACACAGCGCUUAGCUCUGAUCCAGCCCUCCAGGGAACAGGUGCAGAGGCUCCUAGCAGAGCACCCCCCACACCUGACGCCCGGCAUAAGGGAGCUAGUAAGUCGCCUACAAGAACGAAAUGUUCAGGUUUUCCUGAUAUCUGGUGGCUUUAGGAGCAUUGUGGAGCAUGUUGCUUCAAAGCUCAACAUUCCAUCAACCAAUGUAUUUGCCAAUAGGCUAAAGUUCUACUUUAAUGGUGAAUAUGCAGGUUUUGAUGAGACUCAGCCAACAGCUGAAUCUGGUGGGAAAGGAAAAGUUAUUAAGUUUUUAAAGGAAAAAUUUCAUUUUAAGAAGAUCAUCAUGGUGGGAGAUGGAGCCACAGACAUGGAAGCCUGUCCUCCCGCUGAUGCCUUCAUUGGAUUCGGAGGAAAUGUGAUCAGGCAGCAAGUAAAGGAUAAUGCGGAAUGGUACAUCACUGAUUUUGUAGAGCUUCUGGGAGCACUGGAAGAAUAAGAUCCACUUUUAUAAAGUUCAUAACUUCAGGUUAAUUUUUAAAAGUUAUGCAGUUUGAUACUGUUUGCUUCCAAUUGCUGAUUACAACCCAAUCUAUGAAUUUGGUAUUGAUUAUCUGUAUCUCCCAGUGAACGAUAGUUAGGGCUCAUAACAUUGUGAUUUGUGUUUUUAAACUGUAGUUCCAGUAUUAUUAUGACCAUUUAAUUGCCUGGAGAGUUUUAUAAUCUGAAUUCUUUAUCAAUCUAUCAAUUCUUUAUCAAUCAAUUCUAGCUAUGUUUGAUUUGAAGCCUUUGGAAGGUGGAUGGUAAAUUAAACAUCUUCACUAUUGGGAAUGUGGAUUAGGCAGCUUUAAAUGAAAUUGGUUUUCCCUUUAUAUAUAAAUAAAAGUUUAUCCA